GUCUCCGUCUGCGUCUCGACCCCCGGAAGGGGUCUUCCAGGCCACGCCCCCCGGGAGGGGGGCUCUCCCAGGCCACGCCCUUGGACCCCCCAUAUACUCAAGCACACACCAGACACACAGACGCACGUACCCUACGCCCCCCGGUUGGGGGACUUUGAGAAGGAUGUUCCCAGACCAAGUCUGGGAUGGGGGGGGCUCCCUCUCCAGAGCUCGUCUGAACCCCGAUAUUCUGACGCUGCCUGACCCGGCGUCUUGUCUAGGUGUCCCCAUUCUGGAACAGAGAAAGCAGUUAGUGAAGAAGCAGCUGGCAGGUGGAGUGCGGUCCUCUGCGCGCCUCCGAGCCCGGAGCUGCUCAGCUGCGUCAGCCUCAGCCCAGGACACCCACGUCGCCACGUCUGCCCGGACAGCAUGUCAGACUCCCUCAUCACACAAAGCCACCGACAGGCGGACGUCCAAGAAGUUCAAGUAUGACAAAGGUCACCUUGUGAAGUCACAACUCCAAAAACACGGGAGUGACAGCGCUGCCACGCCCUCUGAGACCCCGGGUACACACGAAUCUUUGGCAUCGACUGAGGAUGGGGCAUCACUUCUGGGAAAGGAAGCUGGCGGCUCCGCUCCUCCGGGGACAGCUGGUCCCCUCCCGGGACGCUGCGGAACCGAGAGCAAUGCCAGCCCGGCAGAGACUGAGGACGAGCCGCCCCCACCACGACAUGGGGCCCCUGUGGGAGGAGAGUCCAACGGUGGCUGCCCCGCUAGGGACGGGGCGGCGCUGGACCUGGAGCAGGGCCCCGCGGCCCCACUGCUCAUGGACAGCAGCGCCCUACUGGACGACGACAGCAACCAGCCAAUGCCUGUGAGCCGCUUCUUUGGAAACGUGGAGCUCAUGCAGGACCUCCCACCAGUGUCUUCAUCCUGCCCUUCCAUGAGCAGACGCGAAUUUCGGAAAAUGCAUUUCAGAGCCAAAGACGAUGAUGAGGAUGACGCCGAUGAUGCGGAAACGUAGAGGGUGAGAGGCACAGGCUGAUUUCUGCACGUCUAGUACCGUUGACAGUGAUUAUUUUGCAGAUUAUGGGGUUUAUUCAAAAUACAUCUCCAAGAGGACGUGCUGGUAAUCAGCACUCAGCACUGACCCACACAGGUGGGCAGUCCCUGGGGGAGGCUGGUGCACAGGGGCUAAAUGACCUCGGGUAUAAAGCUGCUGUUUCCACAGUGAUGUGUUUUCUCCCAUCUCUACACGUGGUGGUGGGUUGAGCCAACUUCUCUCAUAAAUGAGAGACAUCUCUGUCAAGAAAACUCUUCACUCAAGCUCUCUAGUUUUGAUAACAUGCAGGUUUAUUUUCCAUAAUCAAAAUUUGAUCAUUCUUAUGACUGAUUCAAUGCCAGUUCUUAAAGAACUCUCCUUUAUUUCUGUACACAAAGUUUAUGUUUACCUUGGACAUUUAGCAACAUCCAUAUGAAAAAGAAAUAAAAUAUAUUUUGAAAAUGUUU